AUGAGUGUGUUGAUGGAAGAAGGGGAUGGGGGAAUGGUGGAGAAUAAGAGGGAUGAAGAAGAGGGUGGGAUUGGGAAGGUUCCUGAUGAUGUGUUGAUAGAGAUAUUGGUGAGAGGAGGAAUAAGAGAGUGGGAGGAGAUAGCAUGCGUGAAUAAGCAUUGGGCCUCUCUUCUCAGCUCCCACUGUGAAUGCUUCUGGGAAGCUGCUCUUUCAUACCAUUAUCCACUCUUCCCACUCUCUUCCCUCCCUCUCCCUCUCCCAUGGCCUGGCCCUAUUCCUUUACCCAACAACUCCAAGACCAGAUUCACCGCCUUAUACAUCUCUCAACGCAUCUUUGCUUCGCAUCCUCAGAACUUACAACUUGACCACUUUCACGAGAUUAUCGGCCACACUUAUCUCUUCUUGAAACACCAACUUCAACUUUCCAUUAUGCCACCACAUAGUGGAAUACUUCAUGGAACUAUCAUUGAUCAGUUCAUUGCUUGUGGCAAGUCCAGAGACGUCGCCCACGAACUUACUUCUCGGAUAUGGCUUGCUUUUCUCCACAAUUUGGACGACAACCUCCACACAUUUUCCUUGCUUAAACGCCUUGCGUAUGAAGGGGAUGUGUUUCUUCCAUACCCUUACACCAGAUCAGUGGAAGUACAGUGGAGGGUGUUUGAGAAGCUUUUUACUGAUUUUCGUGAUUGCUUCAACCGUGCAGAAUAUUAUGAUAUGUUGGCAUGUGCCAGAAGCAGGAAAAAAAGAUCUAUACCUUCAUUCAUGUGUAUCACUGGAAUGAACUAG